AAGACUGCAUUACCUCUUUCUGGUCCAGACUAUACAAUCUCCCCUCCCCCACCCACCUCCUCCGCCCGUCUAAUCGCGGACUUCCUGGGAAAAUCAGGCAGCAUUCAUACUGGAGUGAGUAUUAAAAUUACAGGAUUUGAAAACCUCCGGAUGGGAAACUAACCCCGAAUGCCUCGAACUAAACUCCCGCCUUGGAUCCUUUAACUCACAUCUGUUUCGAGAGAAAAAGGGAGAACUGCAUUUGGACUCGGAAACGGAAGUGUCUUCUCGCCAUGGAGCAGAUGACUGGCAACCUGGUUCAAGAUGACUGAUGGGCAACUUAAUGAACCUCUCAAAGUACUUGCUACAUAAUGAAGUACUUUAUGUGAAAUGACUGUUAUGUAGGCAAACACUGCAGUCAGUUUGUUUACAGCAAGAUCCCAAAACAGCAACUGAAUGAAUGAGCAGUCAGUCUGAUGCUGGAGUGCUUGGGAGAGGAUGGCAGACCAGGAAUUACAGCCAAAGAGAGAAGGCAUGCAAGAGUGAGCUGGGGCAAAUAAACACUGGAGAUGGGCAGCCUAGUAUCAGAGCAAAGGAGAGAAAUCAGAAGUGGUUACAGAAAGAAAAGGGCAGGAGUUGCCUGGUAAACCAAAACAAGAAUGGUAGCAGCUUGGAAAACCAAAACAGGGAGCAGCAGCCUGGAAAACCAGAACAGGGAGCAGAAGCAGCGGCCAGGAAAACCCAAACAGGGAGCAGCAGCCUGGAAAACCAGAACAGGGAGCAUCAGCAGGGAAAACCCAAACAGGGAGCAGCAGCAGCUGGGAAAAUUAGAACAGGGAGCAGCAGCAGCCGGGAAAACCCAAAGAGGGAGCAGCAGCAGCUGGGAAAAUCAGAACAGGGAGCAGCAGCGGCCGGGAAAACCAGAACAGGGAGCAGCAGCAGCCAGGAAAACCAGAACAGGGAGCAGCAGCAGCUGGGAAAAUCAGAACAGGGAGCAGCAACGGCCGGGAAAACCAGAACAGGGAGCAGCAGCAGCCGGGAAAACCAGAACAGGGAGCAGCAACAGCUGGGAAAAUCAGAACAGGGAGCAGCAGCGGCCGGGAAAACCAAAACAGGGAGCAGCAGCAGUCAGGAAAAUCAGAACAGGGAGCAGCAGCAGCCAGGAAAACCAGAACAGGGAGCAGCAGCAGCCGGGAAAACCAGAACAGGGAGCAGCAGCAGCCGGUAAAACCCAAACAGGGAGCAGCAGCAGCCAGGAAAAUCAGAACAGGGAGCAGCAGCAGCCAGGAAAAUCAGAACAGGGAGCAGCA